GAGUAAACAGAACAUCAACAACUCUUUUCAUUUCAUCAUUCUCCCUCUGUAAUCGAGGUCGAUUCGAUCAAAUCACCAACCAAAUCACCCCCCAAUCAUGUCAUGGUUGGCUCGAUCACUCGCCAACUCUCUCCAACUCGACGAUCAACACCACAACAACAACAAUCAUCCCACCACCUCAACCACCACCACCACCACCACCAAACAACAAUUCAACCAAACCAAUCAACAAUCAAACUCUCAAACCCUAACAUCAGGAGUUCAAGAAGACCUUUCUGAGUUUACCGAAUCCCUCUCCCGCCAAAUCUGGGGCGUCGCCUCCUUCCUCGCCCCUCCACCACCACCACCGCCUCCGCCACCACUACGCCACCGUACUCCCACUGAAUCGGAUCGGAAUCACGGAAAUUCCGGCAUCGGAGAUGCGGAUGAUGAUGAUGUAUCGGAUCUGAUAUCUCCAAUUGACGGUUCAGAUUUGUUGAGAUUUGAGGAUGGAGAUGGAGAUCGAGAUGUGAAGGAUUUGGAAUGUGUUGGUGUGACGGAUGAAGUGUUGGUGUUUGCGACGAAUGUAGCGCAUCAUCCGGAAACGUGGCUGGAUUUUCCGUUAUCGGAAGAAGAAGAUAGUGAUGAUUUUGAAAUGUCUGAUACUCAAUGGAACCAUGCAACUUUGGUGGAACAUCUUGUACCCAGAUUAGCUGCUCUCAGAAUUGAACUUUGUCCGAUUCACAUGAGCGAAAGUUACUUUUGGAAGGUCUACUUUGUUCUACUGCACCCAAGGCUCAGUAAACAUGAUGCUGAUCUUCUAUCAACACCCCAAAUAGUUGCAGCGCGCGCAAUGUGGAUGAAGGAGUUACAAAAGCAAAGCAAACCCGGACCAGAAUCUUUUGAUUCACACACGUUAGAUCAUCAUGAAGAUUUCAACACCACUUCAUCCGAUUCUCCUAUUGCAAACGCGUCAGAGAGAACCACUCAUGCUUUUGAACCUGCAACUUAUAACACAGUUUCAGAAGAACAACCAGAUUUGACCAAAGAAGAUGGGUCAACAUCAACAAAGGAUGCAUCAGAUCAGAGGGUAGUUUCGUCUUUUACAAUGCCUCCUAUUGAGGAUUUCGAUGACGAUGAGGACGAUUGGAUCCAUGAGAAUUCGGAGCUAGAUGGAUACGAUGGGCCCGAUGUUCCUAUUGGAGCUGAAGAAGACAUCUCGUUUAGUGAUCUUGAGGAUGAUGAUUGUAUGAAGUUCCAUAAUCAUCUAAAAUAGAUCGCCCAGAGCUAGGGUUUCAAUUCUAAAACGGGCUCGUUGAUGCAGACUUAUUGACUUCUGAACUGGGACCCGCGUUGUCCAUCCAACAAGAUCACAGUCGGUCCGAGACUGAUAAGCAUGAAGGUGAUCUUUGUUCAAGGAUAUCUUUGCAACAAGUGUACAGGUAAACAGUGUGUGGUAUUGCAAUGUGUUCAUGCCGUUGGAGUGCUUUCUUGAAGAUUGAGCAGAUGAAAUUUUGAAUUCUUUUACUUUUUAUUUUAUUUUAUUUUAUUUGUUUACUAUACUAUUUUUUCAUGAAUUCAUGAAGAUCUUGGAUUUUUUGUACAAAGUCUCUGGGAAUGAAUAUUGUUGAAGAUAAACUGAAGAAGUCAUGUAUUAUUUAUUUAACAUUAUUAUCAAUCAAACUGUAUGUUUAUGUUC